CUAGCCCAGUCGCUGUUCGCAGCGCUCGCCUGCAGUCCACACCCGGCCGACCGUCUAUCGCACGAUGCCUCGGUUCACAUCUCUUGUCCUCUCCGCCAUUCACGACGCGGUACGUAGGCUGCUCCUGGCCAGUGCACAAUGCUCACGGAAAUCAUGCAGGUCCCGCCUGGUCUUAAGACCUUGUACGGGUAGACCGAGGUAGACAGGGCGGCCGUAGGAGGCGCGAGUUAUGGCCCCUGAACUACCCCAGGAGAUCCUCGACCAGGUCGUCGACCAUCUCUGGGACGACUGGAAGGCGUUGAUCGCGUGUAACGCGGCCAGUCGCGUAUUCGUCCCCGCUGCUCGGACGCACAUCUUCCGCGAUGUCAUCGUCGAUGGCCUCUCCAAGUGUGACCGCUUUGAGCGCGUCCUGGACGGCUCGCCCGCAGCUGCGCGGUAUGUCCGCAAGCUCAAGGUCGUCGCGCACCACUUCUCUUACCAGGCGGGCGCGUAUCGGAACAUCGACUCGUCCUGGGUCGCCCACGUCCCCGACCUCGUCGAUCGCUUCCCCAGGCUCAUCGAGCUCGAGCUGAAUUCGCUGAACUGGAACACUCUCCAGCUGACCCCUGAGCGCACGCGCCCCUUCCUUGGGGCGGUCUCCCGCCUGUCGCGGCUUGUCCUCUCCAACGUCCAUUUCGGAUGUUCGUCGCAGAUCGAGGACGUCCUCCACGCAGCCGCGGGUCUCACGGAGCUCAUCUGUGACCGCGUUUACUGGACCUACUGGUCUCAGCAGCACUCGCAAUCCCCUCCAGAGCUGAAAGACAGUCCGGAGCGACCACCAUUACGUCGCCUCGUUUUGCACCCAGGCUCACCGUCGACUCUGCUCACUCAAUGGCUCUUGCAGUCAGGCUACGAACUGAAGAUCCAGGACAUCGACAUCCGUUGGCGCGAGCGGGGGUGCACCGACGCCCUCGGCGACCUAUUGCGCGCCACCGGCGUUCAUCUCGAGUCGCUUUCCCUCGAUCUGCCUCGCCCAGUGGCCGCGGAAUCGCUGUCACGCAACAGCAUCGACCUCUCCGCCAACCCCAGCUUGCGUCACCUCCAGCUCGGGGGCCCAGUCCUCCCCGACUGCUGCAACUGGGUGCCUACUCUCGUCGCUCAGAUCACGUCUACACAGAUCGCGAGCAUCGAUGUGUUGCUCAUGGCGCCGUGGUGCCAGGACUUGCACGCGUUCGACUGGGUGCUGCUGAACUGUGCCUUGUCACAUCCGCGGUUCGCGGGCGUGCGAGUCACGUUCGACGUUUGCCUUGCGAUGUGGCAGGCGAACAACUACACACUCGUGCAUGACCUUAUAUCCAACGCGUUACCCGACUUCCGCUCGAGAGGCGAGUUGGUCGUCAGAUGUGCAUGAUACCCGGGUGCGAUCAUGGCUCGACGUGCUCAUCUGUGGUACUAUACCUAGAAGAUCCUAGGCUCAUCACUAGCGUUCAUUGUAUACCUUGAAUAUCUGGGGUUUAAUGGGUCCUCUUGUCUACUCUGGGUCUC